ACGUGUCCGGAGCCCGCGAGACGAGCAGCAGCGUCACAGCGCCACGGACCGCCCUAGCGGCGGGUGAGCGAACAGCAGCGAAGAGAAGAAAAAACCCGCUCCGGUUGCUGACAUUUUCUCUCGCGACGCGGCGGCUCCGGGGACAGAUCCGUGGAUGUGCGCGCGGAACAUGCCGGGCAUGAUGGACAAGGGGUCGGAGUAUCUGGGGAAGGGUCGCUCGAACGGAACCAAGAGUCCGUCCAACGCCUCCAACGGACAUUUCUCCGACGAGAGCGGCAGCGACGACGAGCACGAUGUCGGGAUGCGGGUCGGGGCGGACUACCAGGCCAACAUCCCCGAGUUCGAGCCCGGGUCCAGCAGGUACACGGAGAAGGACAGCGGCGGGAUGCUCGUCUGGUCUCCGUACCACAACAUCGUCGACGCCAAACUGGACGAAUACAUCGCUUUAGCCAAAGAGAAGCACGGAUACAACGUGGAGCAGGCUCUCGGGAUGCUCUUCUGGCACAAACACAACAUCGAGAAGUCUCUGGCCGAUCUUCCGAACUUCACCCCGUUUCCGGACGAGUGGACGGUGGAGGACAAGGUGCUGUUCGAACAGGCGUUUAGCUUCCACGGCAAGAGCUUCCACCGCAUCCAGCAGAUGUUACCUGACAAAUCCAUCUCCAGUCUGGUGAAGUAUUACUACUCGUGGAAGAAAACUCGCUCCAGGACGAGUCUCAUGGACCGACAGGCUCGGAAACUGGCCAACCGGAGUAACCAGGACGACAGUUGUGCGAUGACUGAAUGUGGGCGUCGUCGUUGCCGCAGCGAUGAGGAGAUGGAGGAGGCGAAUCCCAUCGAGGCCCACGACAGUGACUACGACCCCAGCAAGGAGGCGAAGAAAGAGAACCCGGUGGAGCCGCCGGCGCCGGGCUCUAAGGUGGCUCUGGGUCGACGGGAGCACCACACCCUGCAGCACCGACACCACCAGCGCUCACGCUGCCGCCCCCCCAAGGGCAUGUUCCUGACCCAGGAAGACGUGGUGGCCGUGUCCUGCAGCGCGUCCGCCGCCAACACCCUCCUCCGUCAGCUGGACAUGGAGCUGGUGUCCCUCAAGAGACAGGUCCAGAACGCCAAGCAGAUGAACAGCGGACUCAAACACAUGCUGGACAGUGGGAUCGAAGAAUUCACGCUGCCGGAGUGUAACCAGAAGGUCAACGCUCGGUGGACCACGGACGAGCAGCUCCUGGCGGUUCAAGGUGUCAGGAAAUACGGGAAAGACUUCCAGGCAAUCGCAGACGUCAUCGGCAACAAGACGGUCGGCCAGGUGAAGAACUUCUUCGUGAACUACCGCCGGCGGUUCAACCUGGAGGAGGUGCUGCAGGAGUGGGAGGCCGAGCAGGGAACGCGAGCUCCCAAUGGAGACAGUGCCACCUCUGGAGAGGAGGGGAAGAACAGCUCCACCACUCCGUCGGGGAAGAGCACUGACGAAGAGGACGAAGAGGGUCAGGUGACCUCUUCAGGUGCGUCUCCCGCUGCUUCCUCUUCUUCUUCUUCUGCUGUUCAGACUCCGGUGACGUCCAGCACCUCCUCCUCUUCCCUCCACCAGCCCCCUCCCCUCCUGCGGCCCUCACUCCCGGCCACGCCCUCCCUGCACCGACAGCCCCCGCCCCUCCAACAGCAGGCCCGCUUUUUGCAGCCCCGCCCCACUCUGCAGCAGCCCCCGCCUCUUAUCCGGCCCUCUAACCCCCUGCCGCCCCGUCUCAACCCCCGCCCUCCUGCUCCCAUGACCCUCGGUGGCAACCCCGGGGGGUCAGGACCAAGCUCCGCCCAGCAGCCCUCGGGACUUGCCAUCCACCAAUCAGAGACGGCCUCGUCUUCCUCCCUCCACUAGCCGCCAUCAGACAGGUUCGGGUUGUCGAGUCACAAGAAAGAAAUAUUCAGUUUCAAAUCUGAAGCUGCUGCGUUCAGGUCCUGUGGGAAGAUCUGAGUGGCUUUAUGCUUCAAAAAGAUUUUCACUGCUUCUGAUCAGCUUCUAAUCGGAGUUUGGAAAAUGUUGUGAACGAUGUUUUAGGGUUUGACGUUAGUCUUUCCCACAGGACGUACAUGCAGCGUACCUGCUGGCCGACGGGCUCCUGGUUUUUAAAAUACUUGUUUUUUAAAGCAGGUUUGACUUGGAGUCAUUUAGUCUUAAAACAGAUUAUUAAAUCAGAGUCUUUUCAAACAUCCGCAAAUCCUCUGCAGACAUGUGGCGUCCCACAGGGUUCCACCCCGGGGCCUCUUCUUUUAUCUCUUUUGAUUUGUCUCCACCUUCUUCUCCAUUAGUAUGUUGGGAUGGGAAGCCAUACCUGGUACUAAAUGAUGUUAUCUGUCUUGAUGUCUGUGCUGAGAAAUUCGGAAAUCGUUGUAGUUGAUUCAGACGAUACUCAUGUGCAACAAGCCGUUUUCAUGUGUGGAAACAUGUUGGUGAGAGAUUCACACAUUUCCACAGCUCAUAUUUCAUCUGACGCAGCUCCAGGUAUGUUAGUCUACAGAGGCUAUGACUUCACUUAAGGAAACCAGCGUGAGUGUUAUGGGUGCGUUCAUAAAUUCAAUCUGAAACUUCAGAUCUUCACAAAUAUUAAGACUGAGAGGUCGGCUGUUUUAGACUCUACUUACAUUUAGAAUAACAUCUGUUCUUUAUACAAUUCUCAUGUAAUGCUGGAUAUUUUAAUAAUUUAUAACAUCAUAUUUUAUGGAGUAAAGUCUGUGAUGCUCAAGAGUUUUUUGAUCUGAGAUCAAAUGUUCAUGUUGAAUUUAUAAUCUCACACAAGUGUUACCAAAAAGAACCGAUAGGUUAAAGUACGGGACAGAUAGGUGGUAUCGGUAAGAGAAGAAGUAUCAUCAAAACGAUACCCAUCACUAUCAGUAUGUCGCCCUUAAACAUAAAACAAGCAGUUUGUGUAAAACGUUUCCUCAUAAACAACCUUUAAACACAAGACUCAGCGUCCACACAUGCUAGCAGCUAGCAGAGGAUGUACUUGUACUCAGACACCGUGGUGCUUUCAGCUAAAUGCUAAUGUGAGCAUACUAUAGAGGACUCAGUGACACUGCUAGCUUGUUGAUGUUAAGCAGGUGUAACGUUCACCUCAUUAACCGUCCUAGUCUAACAUGCUAACAUGUGCUAACUAUUUAGCACAUGUGAAAGUGCUGAGACUUGGACCCGUGUGGUUUCUUUAAAAUGUAACUUGAGUUUCAUCAGUUCAAUUUGUGAGGAGUUCAAUGACCUCCUGGUCUUUCCUUUAGCUCCCUCAGGACAAACUUCACACCUGUAGCUCCACUUGCGGGAAGAUUCUGAGAAAAGAAUUGUCAGAAUGUUGCUUGUUCACAUUGUGGCUGUAAUGAAUGAUGCAGCCUCCAGGGGGCGCUAGCUGGCCCAUAGGUCUCGUGUUAAAAGGAUCAGUCAGGUGACGUAAUUUUUGUUUUCAUACGUUCAGAUAAUCUCAUGUUCAGAGACAAACCAACAUUGUCUUAGUCCUACGCUCUCCUGUGUGUGGCUCUCAGCUGCGAGCUCAUCGAUUCCCACGAGUGACUGGAAAUAAAAAUGGACGACACGUCUCUUCUUCCUCUCGUGUGUAAAGAUGCUAAAAUAUCUCAGAAUCAGGAGCCGCCAUCUUGUGCUGGUGAUGUCAUGUGGAGUCAGAGUCUGUGACGUGGUGAUCGUGGAGUGGAGCCGCGGUGUCGAGGCCCCGCCCACACACACAGGCUCUCGACCAAUCCCGAGUCAGUGUUCAGCUGUCAAUCAUGACGUCCCAGCCCUGUUUUUAUGUCGUCAAAUAACUGAUGAGAAGCAAAGUGAUCAGAACAUGAACACGUGAACAAACAUCAGUGAUAAGAACGACCUCACAUGACAUGGAGGGGGCGGGGCUUAUGACCUGUACUGCAGCCAGACACCAGAGGGCGAUCGUGAGGAUUUGGCUUCACUUUGGAGGAGCCGUCAUGUCGUCCAUCUUUAUUUACAGUCACCAGUUCCCUCUGAGGACGUAAAAGCACACAUAGUUUCAGGAACAGUGUGUUUUUUCUGGGACUACUUCCAGCGGCGGAUGAAUCCAGUUCGAUGCCGGACUUUGUUGACAUGUAGAAAAAUGUAGAAUAACGCGGGUGGAGAUUGAACUGAAGACCUCAGUGUUGUGUACAGUGACAUUAGACAUCAGCAUGUACAGUUUGGCGUUCAUUUGAAUAAUUUGUAACCUGUCGUCCAUCAUCGAUCAGAGUUUUUUGUCGUCGAUCUGACACUUUCUUAAAAAAACACUAAAGCUUCUUCACCCAGACGUCCUGUAGAACAUGUCUUCUGUCAACCAGAAUUAAAAUAGUUCUCCUCUGUUCUCGUCUUAAUGUUCUCUGCUGCUCGUGAACCACGAUGUGCUGUCUGUCACUCUGUCUCUUCAUUAUUUAUUCUUCUUGUUCCCGGUGCUACAGGUUUGGACUCGGUCUUCAUUGUGAAAGUGAAAGUGCUCUUAAUGCUUUUUGGACAAACGUGUAUCGCAGCAUUAACUGUAACUGGAGUCAUAAGAGUCCAUCGUGUUUCAGUAGAACCUGUAAGAUAUCGAUGUAAACACGAAGCUGCUGAGAUUUCUCUCUUUGAAGUUGUUUGUUCUCAUUAAAGACGACGUUUGUAUCAUCUGA